GUGUGUAUAUAUAUAUACACAGAGGAAGGUGAAUUUUAGAGAGAGAGAGAGAGGGGGAAAUAUGGAGAGAGUGUAUGAUUCCUCCGGGGAUGAUAGUGGUGGCGGCGGCGGCGACUCUUCUUCUACUGCGGCGUAUUUGAAGCAUCUGAACAAGAUUUCACAUAAGAUCUCUAAACCAAUUCGGAAGCCCCCUGUUUAUGAGAUUCACACUGUUCAAAGCUCUCAGUUAGAGCCCCAGCAAUCGCAGCCUGCCACGGCGGCGAAUACGGUGGCUCAAAGCCUGCAGCAGCAGCAAGCGGCGGCGGCGCCUCAGCAGCAGCAGCAGCCGCCGGUUUAUAACAUAAACAAGAGUGAUUUUCGCGACGUGGUUCAGAAGCUCACCGGAUCUCCGGCGCACGAGCGGAUGUCGACUCCGCCGCCGAUUCACCAGCCCAAGCCGCCCAGUUCGAGGUUGCAGAGGAUUCGCCCUCCGCCGCUGGUGCAAAUAGGCAACCGCCCAUCUCCGCUGUUGACCGUCGCCGGCCCUCCGCUCCUGCUUCCGGGCGGCGGCGGAGGGUUCGUCGGCGUUGGACUACGCCCUCCUCAACCCCAGCCUCUUUCCCCUCUUCCGCCGUUUCCCGCCGUACACGCGGCGGCCGAGUCGCCGAUCUCCGCGUACAUGAGGUUCCUCCACACCUCUUUCGCCGCCACCGCCGCUGACUCCGAUUCCAAGCGCUUCUCCACCGGGCUUCCCCCGCUCGCCCCGCUUGCUUCGCCGCGAUGGAACACCUUCGCUCCUCCUCUUCCUCCUCCUCCGCCACCACCUCAGCCAUCAUCCGCCGCAAUCUUACCGCAAUUUCCUGCUAUGCCGUCUUCUCCACUGCCCUUUAGCUGCCUGCCGUCGCCGUCGCCGAGGUCUCCCUGCGCCUUGCUGUCACCAAAUCUGCUGUUUUCACCGGCGGGUCAACUAGGGUUCCCGCAGCUCCCCCUGUCUCCGACGGUUCCUGUUUCUAGCCCAACCUGGAAAGGUAUUUGAAGAAUUCCAGUCCAAUACAAAGAAAAGGUAAGAUUUUUAGGGUUUAAUUUGUUGAAAUAUACUACAGUAAAAGUAGUGGUAGAAGAAGAAGAAGAUUGGAGGAAGGAACAUGUACAUUUAUUUCCAAGGUGAAAAAUGUUAAAAUUUGACUCGCUCUAUAGUUACUUUUGUUCUCUGUAAAUGAAUGAAUGCUAAUGAUAGUGAAUGAGAAAGAUUAGAUUUGUUCUUCUCAGUCAGUCAAA